AUGGUAAGUCAGUCUUGGGUUUGCUCAUCUGUGAAAGCGCUAAAACCAGUUCUCCGAAAGCUAAAUAAAGCGCAUUUCAGUGGGAUCUCACAACGCGUCAAAGCGGAGGAACAAAAACUUGAUAUCCUUCAGAGAGCCAUCCUCACCAAUCCUUCUGAAAAGUUGGCUAGAGAGGAGCGACUUGUGCGAGAGAAAUGGAAGUUUCUGAGCAAUGCGGAGGAGAAGUUCAUCCGACAAAAAUCACAGAUAAAAUGGGCUCACCUUGGGGACAGAAACACAACAUUCUUACACAAAAUGGUCAUAGCGAGAACCAACAAGAACCAUAUCCAUUUUCUUCAGGACCAAAGUGGAAGAAGAAUCAACGAAAGUGCAGAGCUCAAAGAACAUGCCGCAGGUUUUUUUGAGGAAAUCCUUGGCUCAACAGAUUUGCCACACUCUCCUUGUUCUAUCGAAGCCCUUGAGGACCUUCUUUCCUUUCGAUGCUCAGAGGUGCACAAACUUAACCUAGUAAGAGAUGUAACAGAGGAGGAGAUCCGAGCCACUGUGUUUGCUCUACCGUCAGAAAAGUGUCCAAGACCGGAUGGGUACUCCGUGGAGUUCUUUAGAGCUUCUUGGAGUGUCGUGGGAGCUAAUGUGGUCGUUACUUUCCCUGAAGCUUGCAAGCUAGGAGACUACAGACUUAUCAGUUGCUGUAAUUUGGUUUACAAAGUCAUCUCUAAGAUCACUGCCAAUCGCCUGAAGCCUAUCCUCAAGGAAUGUAUUUCACCCAAUCAAGCAACAUUCCUCAAGGGCAGGUUACUAGGUGAAAAAGUUCUACUUGCGUCAGAGCUCAUCAAGAAUUAUCAGAAAUCGUCUUGCCAAGAGAGCUUCAUGCUGAAGGUGGAUAUCAAGAAAGCAUUUGUACGAUCUGUUGGGACUUUGUGUAAAGCUGUUGGCGGCUCAAGGGUUUCCUCCAUUAUUCUGUAUAUGGAUCAAGGAAUGCAUCACAUCACCUAG